UUUAUUUUUAUUAUUAGAAUUUGCCACCAAUGACCGACUUCUGAAGGAGUUGGAUGCCAAUUGGACGUCCAUAGCACCUCACUUAUUGGAUUUCAAUUAUACGGUACCACUGAGGUUGCAUGAGGAGGUGGCUAUGAAAAUUCGGGGACAUUAUUUGGGCAGCAAGCCCAUCAACCGCGAGAACGCGAGAUCAGUGACGAAGAUGGUUGGCGACAGGCUGUUUGUCGUUGACGCGGAAAAAGCCGCCAGGAUGCAAGCCAAGGCCAACAAAAGUCCCGUGUGGUUCUACUACUACAGUUACAGAGCAGCCCAAAGUUUGAGCAAUGCCCUCAGUGGAACUGAACAAGACUUGGGUGUAUGUCACGCUGAUGAUGCAUACCUGGUGAUUGAAAACCACCGCGUAGUGCCGACGACGACGGAAAGUGAUCGCGCAAUGCAGGCAGACUUGACCCGAUUGUGGGUCUCAUUUGCUGAAAAUGGCACACAAGCCUUUUCUCCAUCGUGGAGCAAAGUUGGCCCACUUGACAAAAAGUUUAAAUACUUGCACAUCUCUGAACCAAGUGAAUUCAACAUGGAUGGUGAUAAAAAUUUUGGAGACAAAUACUUUUGGAAUUCGAUAAACUUCGAUGAAAACGUGUUAAAAACGUCAAGUUCAAAAAAUGAACUGUAAAUAUUUAUGAAAAUGUUUAUUUUUUCAUGAUAUAUUUGUAAUAAUUUUUUUAUUUUCUUAAGAAAUGAUGCAUGUAUACACUAAUAUUAUUUUAAAACAAUUGCGUAUUCCUUUUUUGUAAUGUGCUACGCUAUUUUGCGGUAAUUCAUAUUCGAAUUUUAAGACAGCUUGAGAAUGGUUUAAGUCUAUGUUUAAAUUAAAAAAAAAAAAAAAAAAGUAGUGUUACGUAAGCAAAAGAGUAAAAAUAAGGUCUUACAGCUAGCAAAAACUGCCAUAGAAAAUUAGAUAAAUAGGUUAUUUCUAAAAUAAAUUAUGACUCAGUACUUAGUGUGUUAAUCACUGCAAUUGUUUAAAAUAUCAAUAAAAUUAAUAAACUCAGCUAUGCGAUUAUUAAAUCUGUUAGAUGAUGUUUAGAUAUUUCUUAUGUUUUGUAGUAACGUUAGUACUAUAUUAUGCAUGAAUAAAACAUUACACAUAAACAAGUGAACCAAUGUGGAAAACUUGUUUAGCAAUACUAAAAAUAAUUUAAAAAAAUGUAAUU